AUGUCAACGGAGGUGGAGAUGGAGAAUAUGCAAGAUUUGACCGUGAAGAAAAUACGGAAGAGAGCAAGUACGCAAGCGAUGCAAGAUAAUGCAGAACCCAACAAAAGAACCAACAGAUCUCAGGAUCGAGGUGACGAGCGACCCGAGGGGCUCGACCUGUUGAGCCAGAUACGGGUGAAUCAAGCACAGAAAAGCAAAGAAGGAUGGGUUGAAAGGAAAGUUCGCCAACGUCGAAGAAUGUACUGUUGUGGAUGUGAUGAGAGUGUCAGGGGCGGGGGGAAAUGUCCAGGAUGUGGCCAUGAACGUGAACGGUGUCCGGAUGAGGACCCAGUCCAAAAAGAACACCAGGGCUUUGAUGUAGAUGUUUUGCCCUUGGCAGCGGACGAGAGCAACCCACAGACGCUCGAAUCCUGGAUUUCAACCUCAUUUCCUUGUACCAUUCUCACUGCUGUGCAUUUCCCUGAGAAGGGCGUCAAGUGCACAUUGGCGUUCCUUUAUGUCCCGGAGCGUCUCCUGGAGGCCCUCGUUCUGCUGAUGGAUAUCCUUACGCAGUUGGUGAAGUUCGUCCCAUAUUGCUGCAUUCCUAAAACAGGCCAUCAGUUAUCCUCAUGA